UUACAUGUGACACUAGACAUAUGCUCUCUGUACAAACAAUGAUAACGCUGUAUUAUAGUCACCAGACAAAUCAUAUGUGGGAGGUGUAAAAACAAAGAUGGCCGACUGGACAUGAAACUUACGAAGUGAUUCUCCGCGUCAGUCUUAUGAAUACCAUUAGGAUGCUUUUAAUCGACGGAAAUCGGCUGCAGGUUGGUGUUUGAACUUUAGCUGUGACGUCCAGUUUUUGAUGAACUGAUAUGUUAUAUUUGUUGUAAGUUGUAAAUAUGAAUAUGGGAUACAAAUAUUCGCUCAGAAUUAGAAAAGCAUGUGGAACGGAUUAUUUGUUGAAUCCGUAGCAACGAAGUCACACCACAACAGGCAUGAUAUAAACGACUAGACAACUCUCUACAACGCCUCAAUGUACUACUAAACAUGGCUGUGAGUCGACUAGCGACAAACCUGACAGAGGACUACCUCACGUGCAGUAUUUGUUGUGAAAUUUAUAAAGAUCCUCGACAACUGUCGUGUGAUCAUUCGUUCUGCCUCUCAUGCCUUAUUGACUAUGGACAGAAAUGCAGAGAGUCUGGCCAAAUCUUGUGUCCUAUAUGUCGAACCGCCCAAGUUUGUCCUACUGGUAUGAGUUUUCCUACCUGGAUAGAAUCCUUUCCGUCCGAUCAACUAUUAUUGGCAAUAUUAACAACGGUACACAAACAUGACCAGACCUCACUCAUCUCCCUUGAAGAACCCGAUUUUCUGGAAACGGGCUCAAAACAAAACAAUGAACAAAAAGUUUGCACGAAACAUAAUUCAUAUAUCAAGGAUAUGUACUGUUUUACGCAUGCGUUAUUAUUGUGUGCAACGUGCGCUUGGAUAGAUCAUGGACCAUGUCAAUGUUUUCCUUUGGACGAUUGCUCUGAUAAAAUCACCGAAAAGAUUCGACAGCUCAAGUCUCGCUUUGAUCAACUUUCCAAUCGUGUAAAUCAAAUCAAACAAAAAGGAGAACAAAAUAAAGACAUCAUCGAACAAAGUAAGUCAAGGUCACAAGCGUCGCUACAGGAAGUACAGGACGUUCUUCAACAGUUUUGGAGCAAAGCCCAACUAAAUGUGCAACAUCUUUUGCAGUCGAUUCACCAACGAGAUAAUGACGUCAUCAACUUUCUGACAUCCGUUUCUGAUAUACAGGAUGAUAUUUUGCAGUUGACUCGGGAUCUUGGAAAUGUCAAUAAGACCGGAGUUAAACUACACACUUUGGAAAUGCUACAGGAAAUCGAGAGACGGGCGCAUGAACACGACGAAUGUUUGACUAACUUGGCCACCUCUUUGAAGAGUACGACUCCAUUCAAUUUGGAAACAAAUGCAGAACUUUUACAAUUUAGUACCAACUUUCGCGCUGUGGGUAACCUGAAAUAUGGAACAUCUGACAAUGAAUCUUUUCAAUUCGCAGAUUUGUCAUGUUUAGAGCCUUCUUUACAGAACGUUACCACACAGUCUGCUAACACCAGAACAGACGUUGCUGUUCAUUCUGAUGGCAACACAUCACAUGUUGCUCUGUUGUCCGUGGGUCCUACAUCAGAUGGUGCCAUGCGACCUGCUGGUCCUACAUCAGAUGGUGCCAUGCGAUCUGCUGAUCCUACAUCAGAUGUUGCAAUUCGGUCUGCUGAUUAUACAUCGGAAGCUGAUGACAAUUACGUGAUUGUAUCUCGGGAUCGUCAACCACUGGCUUUGGUGUCGUCAUCAGUGUUGUUUGAAAGCUUCUCUCACCGAGUAAUUUAUGUAGGUGAGACUGUUCGGGGAAUAUUCACACUGUCGGGUGUAUGUAUUUUAGGAGAUAACGUGGUCGUCGUGGACCAAUACAACAGCUUAGUUAUGAAGUUUAAUGUACAUUCCGGAAAAUGCGUGGAGAAAAUAACAAUCAUGGAACCACACCACAUUGCACUUAUCCCGGAAUCUCGUACUGUACUAGUCACGUGCUGGUCUUCGAACGAAAUUUACACGGUGGAAGUAGAGCCCCGCCUGGAGGUAAAAUGUCAACCGUUGAAAACGCUCAAACAUUACAUCGGUAUACACGUGUACGAUCGACAGCGGAUGUUGGUUUCAGCCCUCGACAAAUCGAUCGACGUCAUCAACUUUCAAGGUCAAGUGAUUCAUUCCAUCCGCCCACGCUACCAAUCACGAUUUCCAGGAAUAUUGGGUGGAAGUUGUAUUCUUGUUCCGGCAGACCUUUGCAGGCUUUCAGCGGACAGCAUUCUAGUGUUAGAUGGAGUAAGGAAAUCCCUCGUUGCUAUCUGCUUUUCUGGUAAAGUUCUAUGGACCAAACAUAUUGAGGGUUUAUCUGGUUUCACCGUGUUCAAAGAAACAGUUUAUGUAUGUGACGGCAUCAGAAACACUAUCAUAACCUUGACUAAAGAUGGAAAAAUAAAAGAUAAACGUUUCCUAUCAAAUUUCGUAGGAAUCAAGCGUCCCUGGGCAUUAAACCUCAGCGAUAAACUAAUGGUUGUCACGGAAGACACCCCGUCCGGGAAGUUCCACAUAGUCAAUUUCGGCGAUGAAAAAGAUAUUGUUUACCAAAAACCGGAAACAAUACAUUAAUAAGCUAAAACCAUUUACAGAGCAAACAUGGUUAAUGUAAACAGUAUAAUGGUCCUUUUAAUUGCGGGUGUAUUCAAAUAACAUUGGUGUGUUUCAAAACUACAUAAGAUAUAUACAUUUUGUAAUUUGUCAGCGGAAUGACAGGAUUGUGAUUUCAUGGUAAAAUACACUAUGAAAGAAACUGUACAACAUAUUAAACUUGUCAUUACUUCGUUUGCUUCUGAAACGUCUUUUUAAUCCGGUUUACAUUUACACGGAAACCUCUCAAUCUGGACACAUAGAAAACAAAUUUCAAUAUUUUAAAAAGAUACCUUUUUUCAAGAAAAAAUGACGUCAUUUUGAUUAGAUAUAUGCUUAUUCCCUAGUGUUCAAACUCUAUUAUGUUUUGCUAAUAUUGUAUAAAAUGAAUAAGGAGAAAAAAAUAUCGAGUUUUGAAAGUUAUUCUAUAAAUAUAUUUUGUAUAUUAUGCACUUUGUAUAUGAUGCAUUGAACAUAACACAGUGUUUUUGUAUCAUACAAGUAUACUUGUCUAUGUAAAGAUACCUACAAGGACAUGUUCGUGACAAUAAAAACAUAGACCUUUUGUUGUUUUGCCUCAUUUGAUUGUUAACCAUUUAUGUUUAAUACAAUGUCUUUUUAUGCUAAAUUCGGACCCAUUCCGCAUAAAUCUGGAGAAACAUAGCAUUUGCCUUUUCUUUUCAUUUCAUUUUAAAGUGUAUUAUUCUAAAAACAAAAGUAUUAAGUAUUCAAUAAUUCCGUGUAUUAUGUUUUAAUAUCUAUUAAGAUUGUGUUUAAUUAUAUUUUAAUACUUUAAAGUGUGGUUAAAUAUAAGUCUGUACAUUCUAUAAAAAAAUAAAGUUUUUCCAUCUUGGCACCGCCAUCCUGGAUACUGAAGAUGAUGCAAAGGUAUAAAUAUCAUUGUAUGCAGAAAUAAUAUAAAACCGUCAUUGCCAUUAUAAAAACUAACGUGCAAUUAUUUAAACGCGUCAUAUAUGGUACUGUGAACACGAGAGAUUUGAAGUCUCUCCUAUCAGAUAACCGUAUCUCUCUAAAAAAACUCCACAAAACUUUACAAAUUCUUUACUGAACUUAAUUAACACGAACUUUUCAUAUACUUGUUUACUGUAAUUGCUUGGCAGUUCAUUAAAAUCUCCCAAAACCCACUCAAUUCACCACUCUCGUAAAAGGCAAUGCAAUAUCACAAUCCUUUAUUGUUUUAGCAUUAAACAUAAUGAUACAGAUCCGCACAGUUAAAGCUGCUCUUGAGUCCAUUGCAGUUAAAGUACCACCGAUACGUAAAAUAUUGAAUCUGAAACAAAGAAGAGCGUCAGACAGAUGAUUUCUAUACGUGUAUAAAUCUACAACUAGGUAGCCUUUAUGCACGGUGAUUUAUAUAUUGAGCUUUGUCACUAAUGAAUAGUGUUAAACUAAUAUUGCCAGGAAGGAGUAAAUAAAUGGUUAGUUUGCAUACAAAUUGUGGAUAAAUGUAUGUAUAAUCGUAAUCCUAGAACAAUUAAGGAUUGUAAUAUUGAAUUGUCGUUCACAUGUAGGAGUGAUGCGUUGAUUUGGUCUUGAGAGGAGUUUAUUGAACUGCGAAAAGAUUAGUAUUGCUAUGUUUACAAUGUCAACUCAGUUAAUUACUCCAUGAAAUCGACCAUAGCAAGAUUCAAUCCUUAAAUGUCAAGGUUUACAGUUUGCAGUUGUCAAUCCUUACAUUUCAAUUACAUACAGUUGUUAAUGAAUGGAGCAUAUUUAAUGAUAAACAGGAUAUAUCAGACCUGAUGCACAUCCACUACAUAUAGUCCGUCAUUGAAUUUCCAUUUUCAUUAACCAAAUCACUCUGAAUACAUCGCAAUAGUAAAGUACACAUAUGUACUGUAAUGUAUGGACUAGCAUGAAUCCGUAUUAUUAUCCUGCAUGUAGUCAUUCCCCAACAGCACCGCAUGGUUCCGGUGUAUGUACUGCGCAUGUUCAAAUAUGCCUCGCACUUGACCAUUGUUAACUUCAAGUAAACGAAUCUGUUUCUAGUGUUACGGCAGACUGAUACUUUGUUAAUGGCAUGUGACUAGAUGCAUAUUCAUAUUAAUUGGCAGUGUUAAUUUGGUAAAUGUAGUUAACAAAUAAAACGGAUCACAUUGUUAGUUUUAUUGAGUCUAACCUAACUUAAUAAUUGAGAUAUUGAUAUAUGAGUAAGUAACAGAAAACCAAAAAAGUUUCUACAAAUAACCAGCAGCCGUGAAGUAUUUUGAUCACUAUGUAAAAUACGAUAGUUGAAAUGUACUUCACUUCAUAAUCAUGUUCUGUAAAUUAAAAAACCUGACUCAAGAGUGGCCUGAUGUUACAGCUAGACAGACUGUACACAUAUAUACAUGGUAUGAUAAAUAUAGAUGGUGAGUUAUAUCACUAUAAGUCGUUGGCUGACACAGUCGUGGUACACAGUGAUAACGUUACAGUUCACAUCUCUCUCAUAAUACACACAUGUUCUGCAAUCAUAACAACAGGUUCGUGGGCCCUGUAUCUCUCAAACAUAUAUAUUUGCUAUAGACACUGUCAGGAAUCUGAGUAUUUAAAUGGAUUACGUAUUCACUCAAACAAUUCAAUAACUACACUUGUUCAGGACAGAGGCAUAAACAGUCAAUAAUAAGGCAUGGAAUCUAAGGUAGUUUUCAAAAAACAAAACAACAUGGAAUGAUUAUCGAUACUUAGGUAAGUGAGAAUAAGGUUAACGCAAGAUAAUAAGAACCAAUUUGUCAACAUUCGCAUUAAACUGUUCGUUAUCAUACCGAGC